GAGCCAUUUUGUGUGAAGGUUGAGUUGUUCUUGAGCGUACUUAGUUUACUCAUAAUCUACUCUAUAAGAGAGCCUCGUUCUUGAGUGUAUUCGUGUUCUUAGACACUUUGAGAGAAAGUAUUUCUCUCGGUAGAUUCAAAGGAAGGGCUGUUUCCUUUGAAGGACUCGUUGAGAAAUGGACUCUCAUUCUAGCUUUAUCCUUCUAGCCCAUUGGAAUGGUGAAUUCAAAAUUGUAGACAAUGAGGUGGAGUACUCAUUGCAUGCAAACAAGGCAUUUGUCUUUGAUCUUGAAGUCUCAUUUGAACAAGUCUUCAAUGAAUUCCUCACUGCUGUUGGAGAAGAUGGUUUUAAUUCCAUCAAGAAAAUUUGGGGGAAAUAUCCCAAAUAUAAGGAUGGAGUAUAUGCUGCUUCACGCCCUUUCCCAAUUUCCGAAGAGCAGACUUGGAGGUGCUUUAUUCAAAAGGUCACCAAUCAAUAUGAUGAGCUUGAGGUGUACCUAGAGCCACAACGAGUUCAAGAGGAGCUUCACGAGGAUGACAUAGAGGAAGAAGCAGGGUCGUCUAACACCGCACUAGGUGUGGACGAUGAAAAGACCCUGAUGAUCCAACUUACAUUGGUAAUUCUAACGAUGAGAGUAGUUCUUCAGAUGAGUCAGAAGUAUCUGGAUGGGUCUCUAUGUGCACGCCAGAUGUGUAUAUAGAGGAGCCUACGAUCGUUCGUAAUUUGGUCGAGAUUGCACCAUCUGUCCAUAGGAACGUUGAGCAAGUAUCUCUAGAGCCAACAUUUCGUGUCCCGAAGAUCAAAAUUGGCCAAACUUACGCUGAUUUCAAAAGCUUGCUAUUUGUUGUGUCUCUUCGCAAGGUGAGGUACAUCGUUAAAGAUGUAUUCGACUUAUUUCGGGUAGCUGUAACGUACAAGAUGUUAGAAUAAGUGAUCAACGCUAGAGGGGGGGGUGAAUAGUGUUUGAUCGUAGAAAUCACAGGAAUAAAAAAUUAAGAACGUG